AUGGCCGACGCAGAGGAAAAGGCGCGCCAGGAAAAGAUCGCCGCAGCGAGAAAGCGCGUCGAACAAAUGAAGAAGAAGAAGGGCAAAAAGACUGCCAAGAAAGACGACGCCAAAGAAGAAGACGAGGUCCCCGAAACCGCGUCGCCAAAUGCUGAAGAGCAGGCUGAAUCGUCCGAACUGCCUUCCGCAGAUCCGGCCGAAGAUAAGGGAGGGGAAGCCGCCGCAGGCAACGACAAGGCGGUUGAAGACGAAAAUGCAGACGACCAAUCACCGUCGGAAACUCCAUCGCUGGCACAACAGUCCAAGAUGAGAUCAACAUCGUUCCGUGCCGGUGCGGCUGGAACCACUUCUCCAGUCCCUUUCAGCCCCGAUGGUGACACCGCGCCAGAGAUUUACAGAAAGCAGGUCGCUCGCAUCGAGGAGCUGGAGAAGGAGAAUAGGAAACUAUCCAAAGAGUUCUCAGAUUCGGAAAAACGAUGGAAGAAGGCGGAGGAUGAGCUCGCUGAGCUCCGUGAAGCCGAUGGUGAUUCUUCAGCGAAGGGCAAAGCGAAUAAUGAAACGGAGCAGUUGAAAAGCGAAGUUGCUUCACUUCAACGACAAAACACGCAAUUGCAGCAACAAGUCUCGAGAGGCUCGGGCCAUGGCCAUCGGCCCUCGGUUUCUAUUGCUACCCCCCCUUCAGAGCUGCAGGCCGAACUCGACGCGAAGAAAUCCACCAUCGAGUCCAUGGAAAUUGAAAUCUCCACUUUGAAAGCUCGGGUGCAGCGACAAGAAACUGGCGCCGAAACAGAAAAAGAACAAGUAAAUGCGCUUGAAGAAAAGCUUGCUCGGGCCGAAGCAGCCGCAGGCAAGGCACAGCGAGAAUUGCAGGAUGUGAAACGCAAUCUCGAGAGAACAACGGAUAAAGCAGUCCGCGAGGGCAGUGAACGUUCAAGUGCAGAGGUCAAAGUAAAGACGCUUGAACACGAGCUGGAGGAAGCAACAAAGGCCAAGUCUGACAUGGAGGUCAAGAUUGACGCGUUGGAGAAGAAGGUGGCCACACUGACCACCAUCCACAAGGAGCAGGACUCCAGGUCCCAAGCCUUGCGAAAGGACAAGGAGCGUGCCGAAAAGGAAGCAAAGGACCUGAAAGCCAAGGUGGAGAAGCUGGAGAGCGAAAAUCUGAAACUUCGCAGCCGCAAGUCGGCAGACGGCGGUGGCGGACUUGAUGACGAGGGCGUGGACGAGCUUGAGAACGAGGAACGAUUACGACUCGAAAAGAAGAUUCGAAGCCUUGAACACGAAGUGCACGAACUGCGAAGCGGGGCAUGGAUCGAGAAACGCCGGGAAAUGGAGGCCACCAACACCGGAUUCCAUGACGUGGACCUUUCCGGAGGCUCGAUGGGACACUCGUCACAAAGAAAACACUCGACUAGUGGUUUCGGUGAGUUCUUGACCAACGGGCUCAACGCCUUAGCUGGUGGUGGUGUUGGAGGAGCAGGAGCAAGUGCUGAACACGAGCUGAUGGAUGACGACGACUUUGACUUUGACGAGGAUGCCUUCCGCAAGGCCCAAGAGGAGGAGUCAAAACAGCGACUGGAGAGGAUCAAAGAGAUCAAGCGAACUUUGAAGCACUGGGAGGGCUGGAGGCUAGACAUUGUCGACAUUAGGAGGGGUGGGGGCGAGGGUAUCGGUGACAUUUUCGACGUGUAG